GACAGUUCACAAUCAUAAAGCGCUAAAGCCGGUUCUAUAUUGAAUCUGCUGUGUUCGAGUUAUAGCGAAGAAGAAGAAAAAAAGAGACAAUUUCAUUUGGUUUUGUCUGGCAUAAUAGCAUUUUUUUGGAAAUCGAAACUUUCUCGUCGUUUGAAUUUAUUAUGAGUCUCGAAUUGAAAUUGCAAGAGAACAGACAAUGCAACGGUGGUGGUGAAAACAAGUUCCAGCUUCCUGGCGGCGAUCUUCAAGGCUUCGUCUGUUUCACUUGGACGUCUGCCUUCCACAAAUACGUCGACUAUUGCAACUUGAUCAAAAUUCAGGUCAUCCUAGAAGGUUAUCUGGUGACUAAUCCUUCCAACAAGCUCAGCAGCGGGAAAAAGUUUUACACUUCCGAGAUUCUUUCCGUCCGAGGCAUUUAUGGCGAAAAAAGGCUGGGCGAAGUGUUUCCGAAACGCUCCUUCGCCUUCCCGUUUAUGGUCAGCCCGAAUCUCCCGCAGCAGAUGAUACCGUCCUGCCGUUCGUCAAAAAUGAUGAACGUCGCCUACCGUCUGAAAACCCGCGUGAUAUUGCGUGACCACGGCAAGCAAAGAGCCCCGGAUGCGGCCUACAGUUCCUUCAGUCACCAAUUGCCAUUUAUCGUGACUCCGGGAUCGCCCAAUCAAGCCACACUUGAUUUCAUUCUCAGGGCGAAGAGUAUUAACAACAGCAGCAGCACUUCAAUCGAUUCAAAAGUCAACGCCAAUAAGCAGCUGGUCCGCGCAUCGAACGAAUCGUUUCAACUCAGAGGUUCACUUUCUGAUUCCGUGGCUAGUACUCAAUCGCCCAGUGCGAUCGAAGCUCUAGUCCGGCUGGAUCAAAUCCACAACUCCGCCAAACCCGUCACUAAAAUCACCGGGAAACUCAUUCAGGAGUGUACCGUGGAUGAAGGCGUGACCCUGCAAAAAAAAGCGGAAUUAUUCAACAUCCGACUGGACGUUGGCGACAAGGGAGAGCGCAAAUGCGAAGAAUUAUCGAUUCCUUUCAAUUUGCCUUCAGGCCUUUUGCCCACUCUCAUCGAGAAGGAUCAGAGCGCUAAAGUUUCUUAUCGCAUCCAGGUGAGCGCACACGCCGGCAAGAAAGAGGACUGUUGCAUCACUUUGCCGCUGAUUGUCUUAUCCCACUGAGACACGGUGACGUCAGUGCGGCUGAUCUCAUCAGAGGCUUACCCCGACGCCAUCGUUUUUCAUCCCGCCAUCGCGUCAUUUCUCAAACAAACGCUGACACACACUUGGUCUCAGAUCACGUUUCGACGCUAGAUAGUAUACGUGCGUUCAUGUUGAUUUCCUGCUUGUAUUUGGAGCAUCUCUCUCACGUCUCAAGGAUAUUUUACUAUUCUUUCCUAUGUAUUUCUUCGAUUGUUCCCCGUCGACGCCAAAAAACAACAAAAAAUGAUCUUUCGCGAAUAAUAUUUGGAUUUGUUGUUUUGUAUUUAAUACACACGAACUGUGUACAACA